AUGUUCUCCGGUGGUAACACUCUUAUUCCUGGUUUUUCAGAUCGUAUGAAGAAGGAGAUAUCGACACUCUUCCCAACAAACAUCAGAACCAAAUUCAUUCAAUCACCAAGAGGUGUUUCCUCCGCUUGGGUAGGUGGAUCAAUCUUAGCAAACCAUAACGAUUUCCAAUCAAUGUGGAUCACCAAACAACAAUACACCGAAGAUCCAACUAUUAUCAGAAGAAAUUAA